AAGGCCACAAAAUGAAGCAACUCUAUGUACUGUUUUUGCUUCUAACCUAUGCAUCAUGGACGGCCGCACAAGAUCCCGCUCUUGUUGCGUCAAUCCCCGAAUGCGCAAAAAUAUGCACAGGAAAAUUAAUACCGGCGUCUUUGUGCGCAGGGUUGGAUAAAAGUUGCAUAUGCACAAAUACGCAGCUUCAAGGCAUGAUCGAGGGUUGUGUCCGCCAGACGUGCACUGUAAAGCAAGGCCUAACGGCUAAGAACAUAUCUUCAACCCUGUGCGGCGCGCCUGCCAGUAACAUCGGCUCCCAAGUAAAGGUCCUCAACAUCACACUGUUCAGCGUCACGGCGGCGGUCGCGCUCGGUCGCCUUGUAUUCAAAUCGUUCUCGGGUACCAACUCUGGCUGGGACGACUAUGCCAUUGUAGCUGCAUUGCUUACUGGAAUACCAUCUGUUGUUCUUGUGGACAUCAUCCUCAUUCCCAAUGGGCUCGGCAGAGACAUCUGGACAUUACCAUUCAACAGCAUAACUACCUUUCGGCGCACUGCCUACUUUCUCCCAAUCCUGUACUUUCUUCAGGUUGGCCUCAUCAAGGUUUCUAUUCUUUUCUUUCUCCUGCGAAUCUUUCCAAGGCCUACUACUCGUAGGCUGUUGUACGGCACUCUUAUCUUUACUGCUCUUUGGACACUUGCGUUUAUCCUCGUUGGAGCCCUCCAAUGCCAACCGCCUAGUUUCUAUUGGUUAUCCUGGGAUGUGAAAAAUCAAAAGAGUUGCCUCAAUUUCAGCGCACUCAAUUGGGCGAACUCGCUUCUCAGCAUCGCUCUAGAUACUUGGAUGCUGGCUAUACCACUAUACGAAGUUAUCCAUCUCCAGCUAUCGUGGCGUCGAAAAAUCAGCAUAUCUUUGAUGUUCUUUGUCGGAACCUUGUGAGUAAAUGUAACCCACAUUGUUG